UUAUCUCAAUUCGAAUACAAAUCACGGUCAGCAGGCACUUUAAGUGUCUCUGCUUAUUAUGGACGGCCGAUAAGUGAAGUUACAAAAGUCAAAACAGAUACAAUCUCGCUGGAGAUAACUUUUUUGCAGAAUAAAAUGCCGGCAAAUAAUACCGAAGCCGAGUUGGCACAGAAUGCAUUUGCAAAAAUUAGGAAUUUUGUCACUGUGGAACCGGUACUUUUAGCACUUGCAAUACCGUUCUAUUUACAGACAAUAUCGGGGCAAAAUUUAGCUUUGGAAAAGUCUUGUCGUGUCAAUCUUCAAUUUAGUACAACGGUUUGUGACAAUAUGAUUGAUAAGGCAUUGAACGGAAUCCAUUGCGGAAACGUAGAUGUGACGGUGGAGCAAUUGAAUCGAACCGUCGAAGAGUCUGAAAAAAAUGCCGAAUCAACAGCUUAUGAUGUCAAAAACGGUACAGACUACUCACUUAUACAACAGGAAGCAUGUCGAGCGGAAAUAGAAAGCCAGAAAUUAAUCAGCACCAUCAGUGGCUACAUGGCGCCAUUGGAGUCUGUGAUUGGCAUAGUGGUAAUAUUAAUUGGAGGCUAUUGGAGCGACGUUACUGGACGACGGAAACCUUUGAUUCUGUUUCCGGCUAUUGGAGCAUUUUUAGCGUUAGUAGUUUUUCUGAUUAGCGCUACUUUUAUGACUUCCCUACCAGUCGAAUUCACAGCUGUAUUGGUUUCACUAAUCGAAGCAAUAUCCGGAGGAACGAACCUACUGUGGAUGGGAAUAUUCUGCUAUGUGACUGAUAUCACACAAGAAAAGGACCGCGUGUUUCGUUUUGGACUGUUGUAUCAGCUGUACCCAUUGGUGGCUAUAUGCACACUACCCUUCUCUGGAAUUUUGUACAAAAAGCUCGGAUAUAUCAAACUCGUUCUCGUUUCGUUGUCCAUUCAGAUUUUUGGUAUUGUCUAUUUGAUUCUGUUUUUAAAGGAACCGCGAAAAGAAAUCGAUGCUAAUCAGCAGAUUGCGGAGAAAGCAUCAGCGGAUCGAAUUCAUUUUGAUUCGGAAAUUAAAGAACCGACUGUGACGGCCGGCAGAUCUGGAGAAAAUAAAUUUGAAUCGCGCCAAAUCGAUUUGUUUCAAAGGAAGUUUUUGGAGGCCGCUAACAAUUUUUCGGUGGUGUUGACGAGACGUCGCGACGGAAUGAAACGAACGAUCAUUUGGCUUCUACUGUUCAGCAAUUUUUUGUUUGUUGGAUGUGAGUACGAAUACGUAAACGAAUAUUUCUUUGUUCGAACGAAAUUAAAUUGGGAAGCGUUAGAAGAAAGUCCGUUUGCCGCAUAUAGCAGUACUACUGCGUUUUUAGGCAACAUCCUCAUGACGACUAUUUUCAGUAAAUACUUUCAUUUCGCUGAUGUUGUUAUUGGACUAAUAUCGUCCUUGUUCUCUUCAGUUGCAAAAUUAAUUUACAUCACCGUCUCCACAACGGUUAUGUUAUAUGUGGGUCGAUCAUUUGAUUCGUUUUUGGCUUCUAGCAACGUAGCGAAUCGUUGUAUUUUGUCAACGGUCGUUGAUCAACAUGAAAUCGGGCGCAUCUUUUCACUGACAGCCCUGCUGGAUAAUUUGAGUAAAUUUUCCUUCGUUACCAUUUAUACGAACGUCUAUAAGCACACCGUGGACACAUUCCCGAAUGCAUAUUUCAUCGUUAGUUUUGGGGCAAUUACAACCAUGGCUGCAAUUUUUGGAUUUCUUUGUUUCCACAUGAAAGACAUGUCAACAAGUGUAACAGAUGCAGUGGUAGCUACAACCGACAGUGUGGACAUAACAAUGGAAGAAUCCGCAACAAGCAGCGCAGAAGAACACCAAUAAUGAUACAAUCAUUCGCCUGGAAGCGUUUGACAUAAACCGUAUAUAAUAAGCG